UUAUGAAUUCAAUUUCUUUUUACUUUAAGAUGGAUAAUUAACAUUAUCCAUCUUCCUUGUUAUUCAAGUAUUUCAAAAUGGCGUAAAUUAAAAGUGUACAUUGCAAUCUCAUGAAGUACAAUGCAAUUUUCUUAGGAAAAAAGAAAAAAAAAAAAGCAACAAAUUGUAUUAUUGAUUUUUUUUCAUCAAAAAUGAAUAACGAAUGUGUUUGCACAAGAUGUUAUCAUCCAACGAACGAGUUCAUUAAUACCGAGGCUCCUUACAGCGAAGUCUCGCAAGAAAUUGGCGAUACUCGUAUAUCCGUUAAAGUUUCUAAGCGUGCCGAGGAGUCUUUUAACAUUGACAGCAAUUGCGCUGAUGCAUACGGAAAAAAAUGUCGAGAAGGUUGUACCAGAAUGAACAUAAUCCCUAAUGAAGAACCACCUCCGAAGGCUCCAGACGAAAAAAUGUUUUUAUUAAAAUCGGUAAGACAAAUAACUCCCAAUGACGAUUUAAAAAAGGCCCUUGAACUCGAGUUUAAAUUACCACGAAAUUAUUUACCUUUACCAACGGUACCUCCAUCUCCGAUUAUAAAAAUUCGAAGAACCGAUGGAGGCAAAAAGAAACGCAAGAAGAAAAAGAAAAAAUAAUUGAAAUUUUAUGAAUACGCCUAUAUAAUAUCAGAAACGUGCAACUGUGUAACGCUAAAAUUAAAAUGGAAAGAGAUAUAUAUAUAUA